AUGGGCAACACAAUCGCGCUCCCAGUCAUCUGCACCGCAUCCGCCUACUCCAUUCCACUGCUGGCUCGGGCACUCUACCGGACCUGGACGUCCCUAGUGCGAUUCAUCGAUGGCCCGGCGUCAGCGAACGUCGUCUUUGGCCAUUCCAUUGUGCUUUCGGAUAUACCAGAGCAGGGGGACCAAUGGCGAAAACGCUACGGCGCGACCUUCAUGGCCAAGGGCCAGUUCUUGGCAGAUGACCUGCACACGACGGACCUGAAGGCUGUCGGCCAUGUCCUCGGCCACGCCUCGGUGUACUCGAGAACGCCCGCGUUUCUCGGGAGCCUCGACCGUAUCCUCGGCAAAGGACUGCUAUCCGUCAGCCUGGAUCCGCAUAGACGUCAGCGCAGAAUUCUUAACCCUGCAUUCAACCUCCAGCGAAUCCGUCUGAUGAACGAGAUCUUCAUGAACAAUGCGAUUCUCGUGGGUCUUGAUUCGAUGGCUGUGCUGUGUGGACGCGACUACUAA